ACUGUUGGCAGGGAAAAAGUAACAGCCCAAAGUGUUUCAAGAAAAGCUCUUCACCAUAAUGUGUGUUCAUUCUCUCUCUCUGUCUCUCUCUCUCCUGUGUCUCAGGCAGCACAACAAGAUCGGUAAUGUGGACGGCCGGACGCUCACGGCGCUCACCUCUCUGGAGACUCUGGACCUGAGCAACAACGACAUCACUGAGCUGAGAGUCCACUGCUUUCCCUUGGGGCUGCAGAUCAGAGACCUGUACCUGAGCAGUAAUAAGAUCGUGCACCUGGAGGCGGGGGCGUUCGACCAGCUCUCCGGCAGCCUGCAGGUCCUGCGCCUCGGACGCAACCGCCUCACACACAUUCCCGUCAAGGCCUUCCAGCUGUCUCAGCUCACCCAGCUGGAGCUGAGCAGGAACCGCCUGCGGCUGAUCGAGGGCCUGACCUUUCAGGGUCUGACCCGCCUGGAGGUGCUCAAGCUGCAGAGGAACAACAUCAGCAAGCUCACCGACGGGGCCUUCUGGGGACUGGCCAAGAUGAGGGUGCUUCACCUGGACUUCAACAAUCUGAAGGAGGUGAACAGCGGCUCUCUGUACGGCCUGACGUCGCUACAGCAGCUCUUCCUGGCCAACAACUCCAUCGCCCUCGUCAACCCGGACGGCUGGAGGUUCUGCCAGAAGCUGCGUGAGCUGAAUCUGUCCUAUAACAACCUGACGCGGCUGGAUGAGGGCAGCCUGGCGAUGCUGGGGGAUCUGCACACGCUCCGUCUGGGCCACAACGCCAUCAGCCACAUUAACGAGGGAGCCUUCCGGGGCCUCAGAGCCCUGCGCAACCUGGAGUUGGACCACAAUGACAUUUCGGGCACUAUAGAGGACACCAAUGGGGCCUUCGCUGGAUUGGAUGGCCUCCACAAACUAACUCUGUUUGGAAACAAGAUCAAGUCGGUGGCCAAGAAAGCCUUCGCAGGCCUCAAGGCUCUGCAGCACCUGAACCUGGGCGAGAACACCAUCCGCUCCAUCCAGCAGGAGUCCUUCGGCAUGAUGGCAAACCUUCAGAGCCUGCGUCUUGAGAGCGACAGCUUCCUGUGCGACUGCCAGCUGCAGUGGCUACCCGCGUGGCUGGUGGCCCGAGGGUUGCAGGCGGGGGUCAGUGCCAUCUGUGCCCACCCCGAGAUCCUGAAGGGCUCCACCAUCUUCGAGGCGCCCGUCGACAGUUUUGUGUGCGAUGACCUGCCGAAGCCCCAGAUCACGGUGCAUCCGGCGAGCACGGUGUCGGUGCUGGGCCAGGACGUCCGCCUAAGCUGCACGGCGGCCAGCAGCAGCAGCUCACCCAUGACCUUCGCCUGGCGCAAGGACCAGGAGCCGCUGCGCCACGCCGAGCUGGAGAACUUUGCCCACGUGCGCGCCCACGCCACCGCCGGCGGCACCACCGGCGCCACCGUCUCCUCCGCCCCCGUCCCAGCGGCGGCCCACAGCAACGUGAUGGAGUACACCACCGUGCUGCACCUGCGCCGCGUCACCUUCUCCCACGAGGGCCGCUACCAGUGCGUCAUCACCAACCACUUCGGUUCAUCCUACUCCCAGAAGGCCCGGCUCACCGUCAAUGUGUUGCCCUCGUUUGCCAAGACUCCGCGGGACCUGACGGUGCGCGUUGGUGCCACGGCGCGGCUGGAAUGCGCGGCUGAGGGCCACCCGGCCCCUCAAAUGGCCUGGCAGAAGGACGGCGGCACCGACUUCCCGGCCGCCCGCGAGCGGCGCAUGCACGUGAUGCCUGACGACGACGUCUUCUUCAUCACCGACGUCAAGCCCGAAGACGCUGGCGUCUACAGCUGCACCGCCCGCAACUCGGCCGGCACCGCCUCGGCAAACGCCACCCUCUCCGUGCUGGAGACUCCUCAUCUGGGUCAGGCCAUGGAGGACCGCAGUGUGGUGGUGGGCGACACGGUGGCCCUGCAGUGCAAGGCCCUAGGCAGCCCGCCCCCCCGCAUCACCUGGCUCCGUGGCGACGAGCCGCUGCGCCCCGGCGAGCGCCACCACUUCACGCCCGGCAACCAGCUGCUGGUCAUCCGGCAGGCGGUGCCCGAGGACGCCGGCCGCUACACCUGCCUCAUGUCCAACCCGCUGGGCACAGAGCGCGCCCACUGCCAGCUGAGCGUGCGCCCGCAGGCCUCGGGCCCCUGCGCCGCCCCACAGGGCCCCGCCACCGGCACCAUCGCCGCCGGAAUCAUCGUCAUCGCCGUGGUGACGAGCGUGGUGGCCACCUCGCUGGUGUGGGUGUGCAUCAUCUACCAGACGAGGAAGAGGAGUGAGGAGUGCAGCGUCACCAACACAGAUGAGACCAUCGUCCCUCCUGAUGUCCCCAGCUACCUGUCCUCCCAGGGGACGUUGUCAGAGAGGCAAGACGGGUCCAUCCGGGUGGACAGUAGCGGUAGCUCCCAGCCCAACGGUCACAUAGACAGCAACGGCUUUGACCACUCCGUGUGCUCCGACUGCAUGGAGAAUUACUCCAAGCCCCCAGACUACCUCUUGCAAAGCAUGAGCCCCCCUGGCCUGGAGUACCAGCAGACCCACCACCACUCAGGGUACAUCAGCGUCCCCGUGGGCAACCCGCCGCCCCCCCACCUCACCACAACCCCCCAUACCACCCCCCACUGCAACGGCACCCCCAACGGGGUCCUGCCACCUUUCCCCAGCAACCACGACAGGGUUGCCUCGCCCAAGAAGCUUGGAGAAAGCAAAGAUCCUGCCAUCACCAGAAUCGGGAUGUUGGGGGACGACAGCUUCCACAGGCCGGUCAAGCUGUCCCCCUUGACCUCAGUGGACAUUGAGCGUGACUCGGAGGUCACCCAGACUCUGCUGUCCAACGGACACACUCCCAGAGCCCUCCAGAGUGAGAGCCCCUCUCUCCGGCGAGGCAGCGACUAGCAUCCCCCUCCUCCUUUCACCCCACAAAAGAGAAAACAUUUUGGACUCUCGACGCUGCCGUCGCCUUUUUUGUCGUUUUUGUUUUGCACUGAGAGCUGCUACCUCAGCCAGGAGGAGGAAGAGGAGGAGGAGGAGGAGGCAGAGCUUGCCCAGUUUCACUAAACUGAGAGGAGGAAGAGGAGGAGGGGGGGGGAGGGAAGAGGGCGUUUCAGGGUUUGAAGGUGAAGCUUGCUUGUGGGGGCUGUGUCCCACGUGAGCGUUUUAGCUGUACAUAGUCUUAAAUCUUCCCAAGGGAGCUUCCAUUUAUGAAAAAGACAAAAGUGACUUGCAUUUGAAGCAUGCAAAUGUAGGGAAUACUGUACAGUAUAAGAGAGUGCUAUAAACAUUGGACAAUGGACUGUACAUAAGAGGUUUCAUAUAAAUAUAUAUUAUAUAUUAUAUCUAACUUUUACAAAGAGUAUUUGGAUUUAUUCUGUGCAUGAUGAGAACUGAGUGAUGGUAUUUUUUUUCUUGUUAACAAGCCUUUCCAGCUUUUUUUUUCUUCUCACUGUUAACUGUGGUGCCUUAAUAAUGCAUGAACAAAGUGUACAUCAGUACAUUUUGUGGUUUUCAUACCAUAACACACAUCCAGUGCAUUGCAGUGAAACCUUUGACCGGACAUGCUGUCGGUCUAUGGCCUUAAGUCAUGUAGUUCUGGCUAUGGGAUGAAGGGAGAGUUUUGGUGUGAUUUUAUUUGACACUGAAGAGGAGACACAGGUUGGCUUUAUAUAAUGUUCCAGUGAUUAAGCACUUUGCCAUAUGAUUUAUAUACAGGACAUUUUCUUUAAACGUGCAGAUUUUGAUUGUACUUUAUUAGGAAUGUAUGGAUUUCUAACAGCUUUGCCAAGGCACAUAUCACAGUGCUGACAUUUUGUGUCUCUAAAUCAUACAAAACAGACAAAGAAAUAAAAAAAACAACCAAGACUCUUCCAUUGACUAAGGAACUGACCACAUCACCAAGCUGCUUUUUAUUCACCCCGAUACCUGUGGUACUUCAGUAGAUUUGCAUUAUUUUUGGUUUUCUUUUCUUCUGGAAACUGACAUGAAUGUGGACCUUCUCCAAAAACAGCAGUAGUCUUUUUUUUUUUUUUAUCUAAUUCUUGCAAAAGCCUAAUGUUGCCAAACUACAAAAGGGAUAACGUCGACCUCUGGACUCACUUGAAAGGAGGCUGCUCGGAGAAGUGCUGCAUGACCUGCUGUCUCGGGGUCUCUUAACAGCACCCCAUGUUCUCCCUCUCUCUCUCUCACACACACACACACACACACACACACAGGCAAUGGCCAGUAAACUCUAAACCUUACUCCAGCUUUCUUAACACCUUGUUGCAACACUACAUCAAAGUCUGUUCAGAUUUGACAUGAUCCACAUCCACACGCGCGUCGACGAGGAACGGCCAGCAAAGUGCUCAACUCCAUUCUGUGAAAAGCUCAGCGUUCCCUGAAAGAUUUUUCUUUCUACCAAACCAAGUAGAGCUGAACAGCCUAUGUUUGUUUGAACGGACAUUAUUGGGAUUGUGGGCUUUUUUUUUUUUUUUUUUUAAUGUGCUCAGAUUAAUUUAUUUAAAUGAACACUCAAACUGUUGUACAUUGACAAAGCUAAGACGUUGAAGUGUCUAACAUGGCAAGUGUCUAUUAAAGUCACAUUUUGCUAUUUUACACUA